AACAGCCUCACCGUGGUAAAUGUAAACGGUAGGAGCUGUCAACAUGGGUUUGUUAGUCUCUUAGAGACAGUUGCUGAUGAAUAACUGUCUCUUUUUAUCAGCUAACGUUACAUUUAAACGUUAUUCUGACAUCAGCUUACAGGGGGGAAUUGUAAACAUAAUGAUUUUGUCAAGGACAGGGCAUAUUUUUGCAAUGUCAGUCCCUGAAAUCAACCACACGUGAAGCAGCGAGUACAUUAAACGUUUGGUUUUAGUAUCAUUAGUAUCUUAUAUUAUGCUGCCACUGCCGUCCAUUUAUCGUGGGAUAUGGAGAGCUGCUGUCCACACACUUAGGACAAGCAGAGGAAAUCCAUUCAGCAGACACCUGGGCACCUGUGAUGGAGUCCCAGCUGGACUGGUGGAUGCUGAAACCAUCUUUGCCUUGUCAUCAGGCCAUGGCAGGUGUGGGGUGGCCGUGGUACGGGUCAGUGGUCCCGCCUCAGUUACAGCCCUCAGGUGCAUGGCCGGGCUAACACGUAGCCUGCCUUCUCCUCGCACCGCCCUGUUACGGAGCAUCACAGAUCCCCGAUCCAAAGAAGUGCUGGAUCGAGGACUUGUCCUCUGGUUCCCAGCUCCUCACAGUUUCACGGGAGAGGACAGCGUAGAGUUCCACAUCCACGGCGGCCCCGCUGUCAUUACUGCUGUCUUACAGGCUCUGGGAAGCGUGCCUGGCAUGAGGCCUGCUGAAGCUGGAGAGUUCACGCGGAGGGCCUUUCAAGCAGGGAAGCUUGGCCUGACAGAGGUUGAGGGGCUUGGGGAUCUGAUUCAUGCUGAGACAGAGGCCCAGAGGAGGCAGGCUCUCCGGCAGAUGUCAGGAGAACUGGGACGCCUCUAUCAGGACUGGACUCACAAACUGAAACGGUGUCUCGCCCAUGUGGAGGCCUUCAUAGACUUCAGUGAGGAUGAGCUCAUUGAGGAUGGGAUCUUAAACCAAGUGGACGGUUCAUUGUAUGAUCUGCAAACAGAGAUGGAGCGACACCUAAAAGAUGAGAGGAGGGGCGAGCGGCUACGCAGCGGAGUCCAGGUGGUCAUCGCUGGAGCUACUAAUGCAGGGAAAAGUAGCCUCCUGAACACACUCUGCCAGAGACCUGCAGCCAUUGUGUCUCCCAUUGCUGGGACCACCAGGGACGUAGUGGAGACAGCACUGGACAUCGGUGGCUUCCCUGUCCUCUUGAGUGACACAGCCGGCCUCAGGGACAGCCCGGACGUGGUGGAGAGAGAGGGGGUCCGCCGGGCUCGGGAAAGGGUGGAGCAGGCAGAUCUGACUCUGGUGGUUGUGGACUGUGCUCACCUCCCCCCUGAUGCCCAGCAAGCUGCAGCUUUCCUGGAGGAACACCUGAGGAGCGUCCUGCCCUCACAGGAGCAGCGUCAGACAGCGUUUCCUGUAGACAGGUGCCUCCUGGUGCUGAAUAAGACGGACCUGCUGCCUGAGGAACAGAGGAAAACGUUGGACAGGGAGCUGAGACAGAUCUCUGGACUCCCUCCUGUCUGUCUGGUCUCCUGCCACACUAAUGACGGACUGCAUGACUUCCUCACAGUGCUACACAGCAGUAUCAAGACUCUGUGUGGCGACCCUCUGUCUGGUGCCCCCACCCUGACCCAGGCUCGUCAUAGGGCCCACCUGCAGCAGUGUGUUGCGGCCCUGGCUCAGUACCAACGAUAUCGCGACACCGACCUCGCUCUGGCAGCCGAGGGUGUCCGGUUGGCCCUCACCAGCCUGGGCCGGAUCACUGGACGGGUCGGAGCAGAGGAGAUCCUGGAUAUCAUCUUCAAAGACUUCUGCAUUGGGAAAUAGUCAGAUGAGUAGCAGCAAAAACAUGAAGCACAUGUAAUAAUAGCCCGCUCAGAGAGGAAGGCCGCAUUCUCAUAUAGUCCCAGAGUACCAGUAGAGAAAAUGAGACAAAAGGGGCACAGCUUCGGCAUUAUGCCAGGCUUCGAGGCACAGCGAGAGUAAGAAGAAUGAAAUUCAUGUUCUUGGCUGCAGAAUCACUCCGCUCCCAAGACAAUGUUUGUUUUUUGUUAAUACACUGAAAAUAGUCGAGCGUGAUGACAGGUGCCUCAGAGGCCUCAUUUAUGCUGGACAAGUGUUUGGAAAGUCUUGAGUCGUAGUUAUUAAAAAUAGAUUUUGAAGGCCUUUGAUAGGGGAAUAUUAGGCUCUUGGGUCACAUCUUAACAGCCAAAGUAAAUUUUGUGCUGCAAAAUAAAGCCAGCUGCAGAACUCUGCAAGGUCAUGGAUUCAAAGUUUGGAUGUUUGUUUGUACAGCAAGACAAUGAAGAAUUUGUUCUUAGGAGCAGGUAUAAUUUCAGCUGUAUUCCUUUGUGUGUGUGUUUCUCCAGGUUGUUCUCUUUGUGAAAUCUAUUAUUAUUUUUAGGUAAAGUAUUUAUGGGUAUUUUUGGCUUUAAUUGAGACAGAGGAGAGAGAGAUGAGGGAUGAUGUGCAACAAAUGUCCCUGGAUAGUCUUGAACCAUGGAUGGCACAAUUACAUGGUUAGCGUCUGAAACCCCUUGGCUACCCUUAGAUGCCCCUUUGCAUGAUUUAUCUGACUUUGACGCAGUAGACAUAGGUAGUGACUAUUUGCUGCAACUUACAUUGCAGCUUACUUGAAAAUCAACUAAAUUAAAAGAGUAGUUUGACAUUUUUUGACCCUGUCUUUCCAAGAAUAAUAUGAGAAAAACGAUACCACUGGGACUUCCAUUCAAUAUGAAGUUGUGUGAGUGUUUUCUUUAUCGCGAGGUUACCAGGCAACCACCUUCGACUUCAGGAAGUCAUUGGCUGAGCCAAGAAAUAGUUUGGCACGCAACGCCCCGUAAGACCACAACUUGUCAUUUUUACACUUCAUUUUUUGAAUGGAUUGAAAAAACAAAACAUAACAUGUUAAGUGAACUUUAGAGGUGCAGGCGAGCAGAUUCUGUUACCUCAGGACAGAGUCAAGCUAGUUGUUUCAGUCUUUAUGCUCAGGUAAGCUAACCAGCUGCGGCCAGACAUGAGAGUGGUAUCGAUCUUUUCAUCUAACUUUCAGCAAGACAAUUAAUAAUCAUAUUUCCCAAAAUAUCGAACUAUUUCUUUAACAUGUGAAUUCUCCUUUAACAUGUUGACAGUUAAUUCACAUAUAUGGGAUCUUUGAUAUGGACUAAAAGUGAUAAUGUGCGUUUUUGGAACAAAUCUUUUUUAUUUUUUUCUUGUGAAUCAAACAGAUAUAAGGCAGACAAUUGUUUGUCUCGUGUACAAGGUACUAUAGAUUUUAGUCAUUAUCAUGCAUUGGUUUGUUACUGUAAGUCUUUCUCUCUUUUUUUGCACUUUUCCACAUUUGCUUUUAUAAUUCCAAAUGAAAGUUCACAUAACAAUACACCUUCACAUCAUAUGCUGCCAUACAAAUGCCCAAUGCACUUGCAAGAAUUUCUUUACUUGCCAAACCCUGUACUUCACGUGUGAUAGUACCCUCAUCACUUGAAAUGUAUGAAUGUGUUUUUCAAAAGCUUACUUGUCCUUACAAAGAUUGAAUUGACAUUUAAAUUGUUGCCUCACCGUAGCUGUCAUUAAAUUAAGUACAAAUUGUGAA